CGCCGUUUGGAUUUCGUCCCUCUAUCAGCCGUUGAGAAUUGAAAUUUACACCCACAAUUCCAUUUUUUUUUCGUUCUUAACUACCAGAUCAGUGCCAUUAAAAAAAUAUUAAAGCAAUUAAAACAAUUAAAAUCUAGUUUCAGUUAGUCUGAUUCGUAUUUAUUUUCAGCUGACUAGAGUGUAUUUGAAAAUGUUCACAUCCGAUAACGAGUUAGGUGACUCGAGCAUGAGUAUUAACGAACCUAGAUUACCAAGGCCCUUCCUAAUUAAUCGGGGUUUGGAAAUUCCACCCCAAGUGUCUGAACCAUCAUUGUACUCCGGAGAUGUAUUAACCAAUUUUAAAGAAUCCUUCCAACCACGAGCUACCGUUGCUCAAACCUCACCUGUCAAAAGUCCAGGUUUUAUUCCUCAACUGACUCCACUUUCAGUUCUAAAAAAGACUACAAGCUGGGCAAAAAAUACAUCACCAUGUGGUUGUAAAACACCACCGCUAAAUGCCACUGGUAUUGUCAUGUCUCCAUCCAUUGACCCAGAAAUCAAAGAACUCAUUCAAGAUCAGAAUAGGCAGCUCAAUCUCCUCCAGAAACAAGUUAAACAGCUUCUUCAAUAUCAAGAAAGACUACAAGACCAAUUAGGUGAUAAACAAAGAGCUAAUGGAGCCACCCAAACAUCAUCAUAUUUUGAUGUUCAAAGUCCCAAGUGUCAUCCAUCUGCCAGAUUUUUCCCCCAAUCCAAUAGUGGUUCUCCUACUGCACGCCAACAACAGGAUCGUACAGAGAUAACAUUAACUUUCAGAGAUCUCCAACUUGAAACUAUUGUAGAACAACCACCAAGUCCUCAGCCUUCCUUUGUGGUAAAUAUGCAAGACUAUCAAGAAUCUGUAUCAGACCAGUUGGAUGAAAGUACUGAAUCAUGUGAGAAUGUUAUGGAACAUGUUCAAAAGCUAUUGGCACAAGCCAACAUAAGUAAUGGCAGAAAACCUCUGAUGGAAAAAGCUCCGGAAAUGAAUGUUGAGAAUAAGACACCAGAAAGGCAUGUGUUUCACGACAUGUUCCCGGAAAAUCCUACUCGCAAAGUAACGAUGCAGCGAGUACAAGAACUUGGAAUCAGUUUCAUCAAUCCAUUUGCAUUGAAUACUCCACGUAACCCAGUAUAUUAUCCUCGUUCGAACGCCAAAAGCUAUGCCUGGGAUGCACGUAAGGAAACGGAUCAAAGUGUGGAAAUGGAGCGUUUGGCAGAGAAAUAUCUUGGACAAUCGAAGCCCGUUGAAAACAAGACAUUAGAUUAUACAUUUAAGACUUCAAAAUCAGUAGAAAUGAGUAUGUCGUCCCAGCAAUAUCUCGAACGUUAUGGUCUUCACGAAUACGCAGAAUCUUCCUCUCGAUAGUAAUCGCGUCGUUCUUCCUUUCCUAAAGAUUAUCACAUCAUAUGUGUAUCAAUAUUUGCCGUCGGAUCAGUAUAUAUAUGUAUUUUUUAAAAUUUAAAGAGCCCAGGUAUUUGACUAUGUAUUGCUGUUAUCAUCUAUGUAUGUACUAACCCUUUAAAUAUGUACAGUCAAUUAAGGUUCUACAAAUCAUUUUUAUCACACAGAGAAACUUUCUCCACAGCCACAUGUUCCCUUGAUGUUGGGGUUAUUGAAUACAAAUUCUGAUGAAAGUUCA